UAAUCUUUUGGUCUAUGGGGAAAAAACACUGAAUAAAUGAGGUAUCACCCUUUGGUUAUGGAUUGGAAUUAAUGAAGGGUACUGGCCUAUGCAAGCAGUAUGCUAGAAGGACUAUAAAUACCUCGUGCACUGCCUCAUUUCUUCUCUGCCUCAUGACUCAUUCUAGUCAUUGAUUUAGCAAACAAUGUUGUACAGACUGUGCCUAGUAUCACACAUGAAUUGCUUCUCGCAUAACUACUUGAGUGUUUUUCUGGCGCAUGCUUUGGGACAUCUCUGGGAGCUAGCUGAGAGUUGACGUGCAACCCACAAGUUCAACAAGUUUAUCACUCAUGGAGAAACUCUCAACGAGGGGAGGGUCUGAUGGGUGAUUGCUUCUUCUUUAUGAUCCUUGAAUCUGGAGAUCCUUCUGAUUAAUUUCCUCAGAUAGUCCAGGUGGGACUGAACACUCAGUCUCCACAGAAAUUGUCAAUUUGAAAACAUUUCUUUUCAAUAGGCUUUCUCUUCUUUCCUGUUACACUUUCCCUAUGUCUUAGUCCAUUCAAUCCACUGUAACAAAAUAUAAUAGACUAGGUGGCUAAUGAACAGCAAAUGGCUAUUUCUCACAGUUCGGGAGGGUGUGAUGUCCAAGAAUAAAGCACCAGCAGAUUUGGUGUCUGCUGAGGACCUGCUUCCUGGGUCAAAGACAGCCGUGUUCUUGCCAUGUCUUCACAUGGUGUAGAAGGUCAGGGAGCAUUCUGGGGCUCUUCUUCUAUAAGUACACUAAUCCCAUUCAUGAUGACUCCACCCUCAUGAACGAAUCACUUCCCAAAUUCCCCACCUCCAAAUACCAUCACACUGAGGAUUCGGUUUCAACAUACGAAUUUUAGAGGGACACAGACAUUCAGUUUAUGGCACCCUGGUUCCUCACUUCUACUCUCUAGGAACAUUUGUCCAAUACACUGUUUGCAUUAAAACCCUUUUGAUCUGGUUUUCAAGGGAACCUAUACUAUGAAUAUGACAUGAAUAUGCAUAUUUUUUCUAUGAAUAGAUUCCUUAAACUUAUUAUUCCCAUGUAUCCAUACACCUGUCAGUUUACAAAGCAUCAGAGUAGGUAAAAUUUCUAGAGGUGUAAAGACAGAAGACUGAAGAGAGCUCCGCGACCGCCACCGCCAGCCCCGUGGGCACUGCAACCAUGGUGCCUUACAGUGCCGUCUCCUUUCCUGUUCGAGGGCGACGAGAUGCCAUGUGCAUGCUGCUGGCUGACCAGGGCCAGAGCUGGAAGGAAGACAUGGUGACCAAGGAGACCUGGCUGCAGAGCGCACUCAAGGCCUCCUGUCUACCCGGGAAGCUUCCCGAGUUCCAGGAAGGAGACCUUACCCUGUACCAGUCCAGUGCCAUCCUGCAAUACCUGGGCCACUCCCUUGGGCUCUAUUGGAAGAACCAGUGGGAGGCCACCCUGGUGGAUGUUGUGAAUGACCGCGUGAAGAAUCUCCACUGCAAAUACCUCAUUCUUACCUAUGUCAACCACAAGGCAGGCAAGGAGGGGUAUAUGAAAGCACGACCGGGGCACCUGAAGCCAUUUGAGAUCCUGCUGUUAGACCGGGAGGGGCAGGUCUUAAUCGUAGGCAGCUCGGUCUCCUUCUUGGACUACACCUUGCUGAACUGGCUGCUGAUUCACCAGGUCCUGGCCCCCAGCUGCCUGGACUCCUUCCCCCUGCUCUCUGCCUGUGUGGUGUGCCUCAGCCCCGGGCCCAAGCUCAAGUCCUUCCUGGCCUUCCCCUAGCGUAUGAAGCUCCCCACCAACUACAACAGGAAGCGGUGAGGGCACUGUCAUUUUCUGCAGGAGGCGGGACCUGCGUGCCUUGCUUUCUCGAGGACAAAUAAAAUUUCAAGCAUGGAAAUAAAGAAGAAGGAGAAGGAGAAAAAGAUUGAAGAAAAAUCCUCAGAAACACAUUUUAGAUAAGGACACAAAAGCAGAAGCCCACAGAGGAGAGGGUAUGGUCAUUGAAUGAGAAGUAAUAUUAGAAAGCUCACAUUCUAUGUUUUGGGAAGUUUGGGCAGGUGGAUUUUCAAAUUCUGGGACCAACCCAAAAUCAAACUUUAAAGUCAUGAUAAUUUGGAGCCAUGUAUCAAAGUGAUAGGAGUCAGUCAUUGUUAGAAGUCAUUACUUGGAGGCAAGUACAAGACCUUUUUUAUGGUGUAUUCCAUCAAGCUGGAAACAAAGUAAAUAUGAACACAGAGAUAUUGGAAGUGGAGGGCGAUUUCAAUAGGUCUGCAGUUACUUUGCCUAGGUAGGUGUUUGGUUUAGGGUGGACUUCAGUUUUGUUUAAACUUGUAAUUCAACAAUGAUACUAUACUGGUCAGGAGUCAUGGGUGGAAAUUAUCUAAUUUGCAUAAGCAGGAAUUGAGUAUUUCAGUUUUUUAGAUAAUGGUUUUUCAGACCCUACUGUUCGGAUUAUUAAAAUAUAUAUAUAAUGAGAAGGGCAGCUGGUUUCUGUUCUUUAGUUCUUUGUUAGUGGACUAUUGCUUGUCUUGAUUUUACCGCCUGAGUAUAAACCAUGCUUAAAGUGGCCUGUGUCCUUUGCGUCGCCCCUUUAUGCUCCCUGAGCUCUCUGGGCACUCUAGAAAUAGAAUACUUGUUACCAAAGGAUGUGAUUACAUAUUUUCUUGUAUGUCUCUUCCAAGUAAACUCAUGUUUAGUAGAAUGCCUUGUAAGUAGUAUUACUUUAUAAAAGUACUUUAUAAAGUAUUUUUCAUUUUACAUACCAUCAGGAUUUGCAAACAUAUACAUAUUAAAUGAGUUUAUAAACUCACAUAAGAAAAACAUACCAUCAGUGUCUACAAAAUUAAAUAAAAUUACCCCAUAAAUGAAUGCCUAGUAUAUUGAUAAAAAGCAGGACUAAGAACUGUGAAUAUAGACAAUUAUUAUAACAACCCACAAGAUUACAACAGUGACCAUAGAAAAACUGAGACUACUUAUUUUUCUUUCACUAAGUCUAUGUUUUACCUUUGAAGAGCUCAGCAAAUAAGGACAUAAAGUAAAAUAAAGGCCUAUAUAUAUUUUUUUUUAAUUUUACUUACUAACAGAGGCUUCAGAAACAUUUCUAUAUAUAUGUACACGGUAAAUACCAAACAGUUGAGCUUGCAUCUACCCUGUUAUUGUUCUGUAUCUGAAAAACAAAUGAUCUAUUUGAACACAAUGACCUUACGCCCAAUCACGGAAAUCAACUCACA